UAUUUUGAUUGAUUCGCCUUUAGGUUGCAUGUUCUUCUGCAUACAAAUUGUACGUCGAAUCCUGGUUCCAAAAUGAACCAAGCGGAAGUAGCCAAGCUGAUGUCGCAGCUGAAGAUUGCCGUUCGACCCCGGCAUCGCAACCUUAAAAACAAGGAUGGUCCCGAGGGUCGGCUGGAGAAGCUGCGCAAAACUGUGACGGCCUUGGUUAAGCACGAACGUAUCGAACUGAACUAUCAGCGGGCGGACGAAGCGCGCGGUUACGCUGAGCGGCUAAUAUCGGACGCCAUUCGCUACGGUGACCGGCACCGGCAGACGAUGGAAAUGGCCGACUUUUGGUUGGUGGAGAAGCAACUGGUGCACAAGCUGUUCAAAGUGUUGGCUCCCCGGUACGAGCAGUACACGGUGUCCGCAACCCGAAUGUACAAAGCACCGAAAGACUACCCGGGAUGGUACCGACCGCGGGCCGUUCUGGAGCUGAGAGGGAAUCCCUAUCCACCGUUGGUGCCGAGCGUAAGCAGUAAUCGCUUUUUGCUGCAUAAUGUUUUGCUGGAUGAGGCACAGAAGGAGCUGCGUAAGGAAAAGUAUGCGGAAAUAGCGGAACAGAUUGUGGAAAAAGGCAAGCAGGAAGAAAGUGAUAGUACUAAAUGAUUUGUUCGAGAGUUAGUUUUUAAAUAUAUAGCAUUCAAUUAAAUGUUCGUGUUCAAAAAUUCUUUGCCCGUAGGCCCUUGCUAAUAUUAGCAAAAUUUACUUUCUUAUUUAUUCGACGGUUUUUCGAAAUCGCAAUCUAAAAGUUUUAAUUGAUCCGCAAU